UAAAAAUUAUAAAUAAACAGAAAUGGAAUUUGAUAAACAUCUUAGACGUCUUAGUUACAUCAAAUGACUGUACAGAAAGGAGGUUAACUUUCCUAAGCCUGAUUAGUAGACUAAUCAUAUUACUAAUACUAUAUAGGUCUAAUUACUAGUCUAGUUUAUUUUUUUUUAAUUUAAACGCUGCAAAAUGCGUUUACUGAUUUUAACAUUUGUAUGCUUGUGGCGAAUUUCUACAUCGACUGUCUGGUAUGAACCUGAACAAGUUCACAUUGCUGUUGGAGAUACUGCAGACAAGAUGAUUAUAGUGUGGAGUACAGUCAAUGAUACUGGAGACACAACAGUGUUGUAUGGAACCAAUGGCAAGCUGACGCAAGAGGCCACUGGCACAAGGGUAAAGUUCACUGAUGGAGGAUCAGAAAAGAGAUCUCAGUUCAUCAACAAGGUCAUCCUCACAGGACUGGCACCAAAAACAGAAUAUACAUAUGUUGUAGGCAGCAAAACAUUUGGAUGGUCAGACUUGUUCUCAUUCACCACCUGGCCAGCUGGAGAGGACUGGAGCCCUAGCCUUGUCAUAUUUGGUGACAUGGGAAAUGAGAAUGCCCAGUCUCUGCCAAGUAUGCAGGUUGAUGCUCUUCAAGGGAUGUAUGAUGCAGUCCUCCAUGUGGGUGAUUUUGCAUAUGACAUGGAUGUGGACAAUGCCAGAGUUGGGGAUGAAUUCAUGAGACAGAUUGAGCCUUUUGCCUCAAAGCUGCCCUACAUGACAUGCCCUGGAAACCAUGAACAAGCAUACAACUUCUCCAACUACAGAGCUCGAUUCUGGAUGCCAGGCGAUGAAAAUAAGCAAAUGUAUUAUAGUUUUACCAUGGGUCCUAUUCGCUUCAUAUCAGUUGCCACAGAGUUAAUAUUUUUUCCUCAAUACGGCCUAGUACCUAUUGUGGAACACUACAAGUGGCUAGAGAAAGAAUUAGCAGAAGCCAACAAACCAGAAAACCGAGCCAAGCAGCCCUGGGUUAUCACAUUUGGUCACAGACCUAUGUAUUGCUCUAACGAUGAUAGGGAUGACUGCACACGCCAUGAAAGUCUGAUCCGAGUAGGAAUUCCAUAUCUGCACUUCCUUGGUUGGGAGCCUCUGUUCUACAAGUAUGGUGUUGACGUCGCUCUCUGGGCUCAUGAGCAUUCGUACGAAAGACUUUGGCCAGUUUACAAUAGAGUGGUGUUGAAUGGCAGUUAUGAUGCUCCCUACACUAACCCUGGUGCCCCAGUUCACAUCAUCACUGGUUCUGCUGGCUGUAAGGAGGACCACGACAAUUUUGACAAGAACAUUGAGAGCUGGUCGGCUUUCCGCAGUGAUGACUACGGCUACACCCGAAUGAAGGUCAUUAACAGCACACAUUUGUACAUGGAGCAGGUCUCCGAUGAUAAGAGUGGGGCCAUCAUUGAUAAGCUCACCAUCAUUAAAGAAAAACACGGAGCAUACACAGGUUACUCUAAACCUGUGGAGCCAGUUGCAGACCCCUUGAAAAAACUAUGGAAAAUAUGGAAGAAGCAUGUUAAAGACAUAUUACCUUAACUUAGCCAAAAACUAUGUUAAAUUCUAUUUUCUUUUUUAAAAUUUAUGUUUGAUAUAGCCAAAAGCAUGAAAAUCACUUUAAAAAUGUAUCACAUCUACUAGAUCUGUCAGCUUAUCAUUAUGUCCGAUAAAUCUAUUUUGGUCUAUGGUCUCUAGUCUUUCAUUUCAAUAAAUGAAUACAAUGGUUGAUUCUUUAAUUGUUUUUGCUUUACUAAAAUGAUGUGUCUGUUUUUUUCUUGGCAUAUUGUUUUGUUUGCUUUCUUCAUAUUUCUCAUGAAGCACUAGAUUUCUACUUUUAUAAAAAAAAUCUGUCUUCUGCUAGUCAUGUAAUGCUUAUUUUUCCUUUUUUCCAUCUUUCAGUCUUAUUACACUUUGGCAGUUAUUUAUUUUAUUUUGGAGACUGUUCUAUGUUAAAUGAGAAGAUAGUGUCUGUAAUUUCUCAAAACAGAAGGUAACUCCAGACUAGUCCAGUGCAUUUCUUUCCCUUGUUUCCUCAUUUGUGAUAUUCACAUUCUUAAAAAUGUUACCCAUACUCUACUCUAUGCCAGAAUAAAUGUUUCACAAAAUCCAAAUGUCACAAAAAAAAUAAUCUGGGUGACAAGAUAUUUAUCUUCAGUUAACUCACAUUGCAUUAGUUUUAUUUUAGUAAUUAUAUUUUGAUUUCCUUGUGACAAUGAAAUAGAACAUAUAAUCCAAUUUAAUGCAAGGCUAUAUAUUGUUUCUUAUCUGGUGUAUAGAACUUUUUUUUUACAGGUUGUUUUCAAUAGUUUUAUUGAGCAUUGAUUAUUAUAAAUAAAUAACUUGAGGAAUGCUGUGACAUGGUUAAAAUUAUGUUGUCAUACCUUGAGUCUCAUAUGUUGGGAAAACUGUUUGAUGAUCUUUAAGCAUUACUUUUUUAAGUGUGUAAAAAAAUGAGAACAUUGAAGAAUUUCAUUAUACCUAGCAAGGGUAAAAUAAUUUAUUUUUUUUAAUCAUUAAAAUUAUAUAUAUAUAUAUAUAUAUAUAUAUAUAUAUAUAUAUAUAUAUAUAUAUAUAUAUAUAUAUAUAUAUAUAUAUAUAUAUAUAAUGUGUAUACUCAAAAACAACAAUACUUGAAACAGUGUUGAAGAAAAAAUAAAAUGUGACUGAAAAAUAAUCACUUUUAUAGGGAAAAUUUUAUUUUUUUCAGAGAAGUUGUGUAAAAUCUUUGUAAAUACUUUUUAAGAUUGUUUUGUUUGCUAUGAGUUCAGUAACAUGUAUAUACACAUGUAUAUACAGCUAUUUUAUUGUCCAGGAAAUUUUAUGAUCUGAUUAUUUUAUUUAACAUUUUAAGUUUUUGCAUUUUUCUUCUUUUUUUUUUAACAGGAGAUUUUAAUUUAAACCUUGGACAUUUUUUUUCUGAGAUAAUUAGACAUUUUUAAAUGCUUUUUUAAGAACAUUGCAUGGUAAACAACUAAAAAUGUUUGUUCCAUUUUUUUUAAACUUUUAAAUACAGGACAAAAAUUUAGGGUCAAAAAUAUAAAAUACUUAAUUUCAUUGUGGAUUCUUAACUAAAAUUAUUAUGUUAGCAUUUAUCAAUGCAUGUCUUGCUUCUGUAAUGGAAAUAUUUCAUUGCUUCACCUAGUCUUAGAUCAGGAAUUUGGCUCUUGCACUUGUAUUUUGUAUAUUUUAAGAUAUUUACCUUGCAAGAAAAGGAUCUUAGAUAUUUAUUUACACAGACAAUAUAAAUUGCUAUUUUACAAUCAGGUGUAUUAUCCACACUAUCAUGGCGUACUUGAAUGCCAGAAAUGAUUUUUUUUUUUGUUAAUUUGAGAAAUGUAAAAUUACAGAAAUAUGUAUUUUUUUUUAAAAAAAAAGAACAUUUUAGUAAGAUACAGGAAAUGUAAUGGUUUCAAGUCUCAUUUCUUUUUAAUACUUCUUUUAGCUUAAAGUUGGUAAUGAUGCAGGUUUCACUUGAUCAGUUUUUGUUCUACAAAGCUUUAAAAAAAUGUUCUCCUGAUAAAUUCAUUUGUAUGUUAUAUUUUCUGUCCUAUGAGACCAUGUGUGGAUUUAAACUUUUCAAUGUUCACUAAAUAUUUUUUUUUUUGGUUGGUUUUUCUUUUGGGUCAAAGUCUGCAUUUAAGAAAAAAAAAAAUUAAAUACAAUUCUUAAUUUCUCAAUUUUAUUAUUUUUACCAGUUGGUCAGUAUUGCUAAAUUUCUUUAUUUUUGACUGGCAAGUCUUUCACCUUAUAAUGUUCUUAUCAUUGACUUGUUGUUUUUUUAUAUAAAUGUAAUGUCUUGUGAUGCAGAGAAAAACUUGAUUGCUGAACUUUGUUCUACAAAAUGAAAUAUUAGGAUGUGGGAAGUAAAUUUUUUUUUCUAAUGUUUUAAAUGCUUUGCAAUCAAAAAUUGUUAAUUUUUUUAUUACUUUGAAUGAAAGAAAACUAUUUUUAUUUUGUAAUCUUGCCUAAAAAAAUGUCUGAAAUAGCCCCAUCCCUGUUCUGUCAAAAUGAGUCUUCAGUCUGUAAUGGUUAAAGCAAGAUUAGCAGGGACAACAAAGGAAUUAGGAUCAAAUAUAUAUCCACUUUAUUCAUAGUUUAGAACUAUUUAUCUAAGGCAGAAUUUCAAAUGUUUUUUUUUUUCUAUUUACUUAUAUUAACUAAGUUUAAAAACAUGAAUGAAAAAAAAUAUUCAAGGUCACAGACUAUGUGCAAUCGUCUUCAAACUACAAUUUCAUCCUAAUGAUCUGCCUUGUUAGUAGCAGGAGAUUAUAACCCUAGGACAUUACAGAUUAAUAGUUUCCAAAAUUGACAGAACAGGUCUUCAAUUUUCAAUUAUUAUUGACUGCAUGAUGAAACUGAUUUCCUUCCAGUGGAACUGUUGUAAGACUCAAAACAUUCCAGAAACAAUGGCAAAUAAAAAGUUGUGACACCUAUGAAAA